GUUUCUUUUUUUUCUUUUGUAUUAUGGUUGCUGUUACAAAGGAUAAUUCAAAGGCUGAUAUUGCUGGUGUAGUUGAUACCAUUAACAAGCGUGUAUCUGGUAAGAACUGGAAGAUACAAAAGUCAGCCACUGUUCGUAACCAACAACCCAAGCAAUUACGCAGAAACUGGGAACAAAGAUCAAAAGAGAGAGCAAGAAAUGAUGUAGUAAAGACAUUAGAAAGGCAAUUGAAGGCAGAGAAACAAGCAGCCAAAGAUGUAAGUUAAGGGAUAGAUGGAGAAGUAAUGAUUGACACAAUGUUUUGUAGGCCAAGAAGGCAGUCAGUUUGGAGCGUAAGAAAUUAAGAGAAGAACAAGAAAGAAUGGAAGCUUUGGCAGCUAAAAUGUCAGCUAAACGAUUAGAAAGAUUAAAGAGAAGAGAAGCAAGAAAAAAAGCUAGAGUUUAGGGGUUGGUGCAUACAUAAAAACACAUUUGUAAAAU